GUUUUAAAGGUACACAACUUAUUGGAGCAAUUACAUCAAUUGACUGUGCAGCCCUAUCCUUAAUCAUGGUGAAUUUUCCUCCUCUGACUCCUCUUUCCCUCCUCCCCCUGCCCCUGGUUACCACUAAUAAACUUUGGUCUCUAUACAUUUGCCAUUUUUUGUCUUUUCUUUUUUUAAGUGAGGUCAUACAGUAUUUGUCUUUUUGUGUUUGGCUUUUUUUGCUCAGCAUAAUGUCUUCCAGCUCCAUCCAUCCUGUAGCACCUAUCAAGACUUCAUUUCUCCUGCUGGCUAAGUAGUAUUCUCUUGUAUGUAUGUACCAUGUUUUGUUUAUCUAUUUAUCUGUUGAUGGGUAUUUAGGUUGUUUCCACCUUUUGCUUAUUGUGAAUAGUGCUGCAGUGAAUAUUGGUCUUCAAGUCUCUGUUUGAAUCUUUGCUUUCAAAUCUUUUGGGUGUAUACCUAGGAGUGGAAUUGCUGGGUUAUGUGGUAGCUCUCUGUUAAGUUUUUUUUGGAAUUGCCACACUGUUUUCUACAAUAGCUGCCCAUGUUGCCCCUGCUUGUCCUUCUUAGAAUUUCAUGGUUUUAGUUUGGACAUUUAGGCCCUUAAUCCAUUUUGAAUUUUUUUUGUGUGUAUGGUAUGAGGUAUGGAUCCCAUUUCAUUUUUCUGCAUGUGGAAAUCUAAUUUUCUUAGCACCAUUUAUUGAAGAGACUCUUCUUUCUCCAUCGAAUGGACUUUUCAAAAAUCAGUUCACCAUAAAUGUGUGGGUUUAUUUCUGGACUCUCAAUUCUGUUCCAUUGGUCUAUGUGUCUAUUGUUAUACUGGUACCACACUUCUGAUUACUGUAGCUGUAUGCACUCAAUUCUCAGUUAUCGACAUGGUUAGGUCCAAAGACCGGCCUGUUAGGCAAAAAUUGGUGUAAUAAGAAAAUGGAGUUAAAAGGCAGAGUCCACCACCGUGCUGCACCCUGUGCUCAAGAAUGUCAUUAAGUCCUGGUAUAAGGAGGCAUUCCGCUUGGGAGAGGCCCAUCCACAACUGGACUAAUAUGGCCGAGCUAUAGGCCUCUAGCCAGCUCUCCCAGGGCCCCGCCACGACACCCUGCAGCGUCCUGCACACCUUCAGCCAGCUGUCUAAACUGCAGAACGUGGCUGUGUUCCAGCAGGCAUUCUGACAGGGCUGUGGGUGCCGGCAAGGGCAGCACCAAGCCCUGCUGUAAGGAGGUGGCCCUGAGUACAGUUGGGACCCUCGCCUUCGUCAGACUGGGUGUUCUGGUAUACAAGGGGUCCUCGGUUGUCGACUGCCAGCAAGAGUAUCUCCUGAGCAUGAUCCGGCUACCUUCCUUCCCCCAGUAGACCACAUGGAAAUAGUGGAGACCUGCCUCCCUUUUCCCUCUUCCUGUUCAGCCGCCUCUGCUGAAAAGGGCUGUGUUGACCUAUCCUCUGCCUAGGAGAAGCUCCUGUGAGUGCAGCCACCAGUCAAGCGACCUGAGUUACCUCAGAGCCCGUGCAACACCUCGACAUUUGUUAUUGCCAGACAUACAUCGUUAAUGUGCGAAAUAGUCAGAUAGUAGAUUUUUUUUACUGUCGUCGUACUGUGAAAUGUCAGAUAAUGAGGUAGUUGGUAAGUGAAGAGUAGGUGUAGUGUGUUUUAAAAUCAGAUAGUAUGAGUCCUUCUACUUUGUUCUUUUCUUUCAACAAUGUUUACAUUCCUUGAGGCCUCUUGCCAUUUCGUAAAAAGUUGAGGAUUGGUUUUUCUAUUUAUGUAAAGAAGAUGGUUGGAAUUUUAAUUGGGAUUGCGUUGAAUUUAUAGAUCAUUAUCAGUAGUAUUGACAUCUUAACAAUAUUAAGUUUUCCAAUACAUGAAGAUGGAACAUCUUUCCACUUAUUUAAGUCUUCUUUAAUCUCUUUCAGAAAUGUUUUAUAGUUUUCAUAGUGUAAGUCCUUUACAUUCCUGGUUAGAUUUAUUCUUAGGUGUUUUAUUCUCUUAGAUGUUAUUGUAAAUGGAAUUGUUUCCCUAAUUUCCCUUUCAGAUUUCUCAUUGCUGGUGUAUAGAAACCCAAUUAAUUUUUGUUUGUGGAUCUUGUACCCUGUAAUUUUACUAAAUUCCUCUUUUAGUUCUAGAAGUUUUCUUGUAGACUUGUUGGGAUUUUCUAUAUAUAGGAUCAUAUCAUCUGCAAAUAGAGAUAAUUUUACUUCUUUGCAGUCUUUUUUCUCUGUCUAGGACUUCCAAUACAAUAUUGAAUAUAAGCGUUGAGAGUGACCACCCUUGUCUUUUUCCUGGUUUCAGCAGGAAAGCUUUCAGUCUUUCUCCAGUAAGUAUAAUUUUGACUCUUGGCCUUUCAUAUGUGCCCUGAAUCAUAUCGAGCAAUUUUCCUUUUAUUCCAGUCAGCAUUAGGGUUUUCAUCAAGCAACAGUGUUAGAUUUUAUCAAAUGCUUUUUCUGCAUCCCUAGAGAUGAUCAUGUCGUUCUUUUUCUUAGUUCUCUUGAUGUGGUUGGUUGGUAUUGAUGUGGUAUUAUGUUGAUUGUUGAACUAUCCCUCCAUUCCUGGAGUAAAUCCCACUUGGUCAUGGUAUAUGACUCUUUUAAUAUAUGUUGGAUUCUGUUCACUGGUAUUUUGUUGAGUAUUUUUGCAUCUAUAUUUAUAAAAGGUACUGGCCUAUAGUUUUCUUAUCUUGUGGUGUCUUUGAUUUGGGUGUCAGGGUUAUGAUUGUUUUAUAGAAUGAUUUAGGGUGUAUUCCUUCUUUCUUUCUCUCUUACUUGGAAGAGUUAAAACGGUAUUGGUGUCUUAAAUGUUUGGUAGAAUUCCCUAGCGAAACCAUCUGGUCCAGAACUUGUUUUUCUUGGGAGGUUUUUGAUCACUGAUUAUAUCUCUUCACUUUUUGUGGGUCUUUGAGACUUUGUAUUUCCUCUUGAGUCAGUUUGGUAGGUUGUGUGAUUCUAAGACUUUUUCCAUUUCAUCUAGGUUAUCCAGUUUGUUGCCAUGCAGUUGUUCAUAAUAUUAUGUCAUAACUCUCUCUGUUUUGUCAGGUCUGUUGUAAUGUCCCUUCUUUCAUUUUUAUUUUGGUUAUUUUCAUCUUUGUCAGCCUAGCUAAAGGUUUCUUGAUUUUGUUGAUGUUUUCAAAGAACUGACUUCUGGUUUUAUUGAUUCUCUCUAUUUUUCUGUUUUUGAUUUUAUUUCUGCUCUAAUCUUUGAUAUUACCUUUCUUCCGGUAGGUUAAUGCUUAGUUUGCUCUACUCUUUCGAGUUCCUGGAGUUGUUGAGUUGGGCUGUUAAUUUGAGAUCUUUCUUCUUUUUUAUGUAGGCAUUUAUUGCUAUAGAAUUCCCUCUGAGUACUGCCUUUGAUGCAUUCCAUAGGUUUUGGUAUGUUGUGCUUUGGUUUUCAUUUGACCCUUAAGAAGUUUGUGAUUGCCCUUUUUAUUUUUUCCUUGAUUCAGCGGUAGUUUCUUAUCUUUGUGUAUUUUCCAGGUUUUUUUCUGUUAUUGAUUUCUAGCUUCGUUCCGUUGUGGUCAGAAAAAAUACUUUGUAUGAUUUCAAUCUUUUUAAAUUUAUCAGGACUUUCUUUGUGACCUAACAUGUGGUCUGUCCUAGAGAAUGAUCCAUGUGAACUGAAGUAGAAUGUAUACCAUGCUGUUUUUUUUGGUGGAGUGUUCUAUAUAUGUUUAAGCCUAGGUGGUUUAUAGUGUUAUCAAGGUCCUCUUGUUUCCUUGUUGACCUUCUUUCCAUAAGUUCUCUCCGGUAUUGAAACUGGUGUAUUGAAGUCUCCAUCUAAUAUGGUAGUACUGUUUCUCCUUCAGUUCUAUCAGUGUUUGCUUUGUGUAUUUAAACGUCCCAAUGUUGGGUGCAUAUAUAUUUAUGAUUGUUAAAUCUUCUUGAUUAAUUGACCCUUUUGUCAUUAUAUAAUGUUCAUCUUUAUCUGUUCUAACAGAUUUUGUCUUAAAGUCUACAUUGACAUUAAAAUUGCCACCCCAGCUAUCUUUUGGUUAUUUGCAUAGAAUAUUUUUUUUCCCAUUCUUUAACUUUCAACCUGUUUGUGUCCUUGGGUUUAAGAUGUGUCUCUUGUAAAUGGUUGGAUCAUGUUUUUUAAUCCAUCUGCCACCCUCUGCCUUUUGAUAGGAGCAUUUAGUCCAUUUAGAUUCACUGUAAUUAUUGAUAAGCGACUUACUUUUGCCAUUUUGUUGUUUUCAUGUGUCUAAAGCCUUCUUUGUAUUUGCCCUUUAGUACUGCUUGCUUUUGUGUUUUGUUGGUUUAUUGUAGUGAUCCUUUAUUGGUUUCCUUCUCCUUUCCUUUUGUGUAUGUUUUUUAAUAUAUUUUAUUAGUGGUUACCAUGAAUAUCCCAUUUAACAGCUUGUAUUUAUAACAUUCUAGGGUAAGUUUGUACCAACUUAAGUUCAGUAGUAUGCAAAAAAUUCAGUAUCUAUAUCAUUCUUCUCCCCCUUUUGUUGUCAUAAUCGCUGAUUACAUCAUUGUAUUUCAUAUGUCCUGUAACAUAAUUUUAUCCUUGCGUUUUAUGUAUUUGUCAUUAAAUAACAUGAAGGACAAAACAUCUAGAAUUAUCGUGCAUAAAUACGUUAUCACUAGCUGUUAUUCUUGUGUGUGCAUUUUCCUAAUAAGGAAUCUUAUUUUUUAUGUAUGGCUUUGAAUUACUUUCUGGUGUCUUUUCCCUUCCAUAUACAGAUUUCCCAUUAGUGUUUUUGUAGGGCAAUCUGGUGGAUAUGAACUCUGUCAGCUUCAGUUUGUCUUGGAAUAUUUUAAUUUUACCAUCUUUCUUGAAGGAUAGUUUCACUUGGGAUAGUUUUCUUGGUUGACAGUUUUUUUCUUUCAGCACUUUAAAUAUACCCUUCCCUUGCCAUCUGGCCUCCGUAUUUCUGAGGAAAAAUCGCUACUUAACCUUAUUGGUGAUCCUUUGUAUGUGACUGUUUGCUUCUCUCUCCUGCUUUCAGGAUUCUCUCUUUAUGUCUAAUUUUUGAGAGCCUAACUAUUGUUUGUCUUGGUGUUCACCUUUUUGGGUUUAUGCUGCUUGAAGGCCUUUGAGCUUCUUGGAUUUGUAGGUUGAUGUUUUUCAUUAGAUUGGGGAAAUUUUCUCUCAUUAUUUCUUCAGAUUUUUUUUGUUGUUGUUCUUUUUUCUGUCUCACCUCCUUCUGGAAUUCCCAUGAUGCGUAUCUUGUUGUUGUCACAUAAUUCCAUUAAAUUAUGCUCAGCCUUCUUGAGCCUCUGUUUUUGUUGGUCUUCAUUGUUUGUAAUUUGAUCUGUCUAAUCCUCUAAUUGUAUAGUGUCACUAUGAGUUGGAAUCAACUUGAAGGCAACAGGUUUCAUUUUGUAAUUUGCUGAUUCUUUUUCCUGAUUAAAUCUGUCGAUAAGUCCUUCUGUUGUGUUUCUCAUUUCAUUUAUUGUCCCUUUCAGUUGCUACAUCUCUUUUUUUAUAUUCUCAUUUUUGUUCUUGCAUUGUUUUCCUUAUUUGUUUGAGAUCUUUGCCUGUGUUUUGCCUUUACUCUUUAAUUAUAUUUAGUGUUUUUGUAUUAUAUUUUUCCAUUAUUUUGUCUGCCCUGGGUGCACUUUGACUCCCUUUGUUGUGUUCAUUUGUGUGGGCUAUUGUUUCUCUGUUCUUUGUGUGUUUUGUGAUUUUUUUUGUUGGGGCCUUUGGAUCUUUGAGGGUGUCAACCUCCUCAGUUUCCCCCAGUAUUUGGUGGUUUUGCCUCCACUACUUUCUACAGGAAAGUCUUCAGUGGGUAGAUCCUUUGGCAUCUGUGUGAAAACUUAACAUUUCCUCAUCCUCUAUGUGAUAGCUCCUUUCCCCUCUCUAGUUUAAUUAAAAAAAAAAAAAAGGAUUCAAAAAUUCCAGAUCUCGUUUUUCAACUUUCAGUCUUUUCCAAACACAACAGAGAACCUGCUGUGGUCUGUCUGUGCCCCAGUGGGCUCUACCGUUCAGGUGAGAUAUCAUGCACUGACCAAUCUGCCCAAGAGGGGGCGUAGUCUCCUCUCUCUGUUCAUUACUCCUUUCCCUUCUCUGUUUCUGCAGUAACAUUUUUGUCAGAAAACACACCUAGUGAGCCUCCUUUGGGGCUGGGUAUUGUCCUCCAGUUUUGUCUGAGGUUUACUUUCUUUCUUGGUGGAGACUGCUUAUAUCUGAACUGGCAUUCAGGGGAAGCACAGGCAGACUUCUGUUUCAGGAAGAGGAGGGGCUCACAUUCCCCAGAAGGACCUCUGAGAGCUCUCUCUUGGUUUCAAAGCCCCAGCGGCCCUGUGGUGGUAGGGGAAGUAGUCUCCACUUAGGUGACUCACCUCCUGAUUCCACUCUAGGGAACCUUCUGUAGGAGUUCGUAUCAGUCCUGCAGCUGAAAAUUACCAUUUGGGGAGAGAUAGUCAUACUUCAAACAGACCCAGGGAGGCCUGCCUUGUUGCUGUAAGAGCCCACCCUGUAGCAUGUUGGCUGUGGGCGUAGCCUCCACUAAAGAUGCUUACUUCUUGGCACAUAGCAGCCUCAUUCAGCUGUCCUCAGCACUGACUGAAAGGGAGAGGAGACAGAUCAGAACUGACUUCUUGGGAGGUCUGUUCUGUUGGUUUCAGAGGCCUGAGGUAUGGGGUGCACAGAAAGGCAAGUAAGAGUAUUGACUAUGAGAGCUGACUCCACUGCAUGGGCCUUCUGUAGCAAUUCACGAUAGACUUACAACCGACAGUGUCUGGGUGGGGGAGAUGCUGGCACACUCCAAACAGAUACCUGGGGACGUUAGUCUUGUUGAUUUUACAGCAGAAGUUUGGGGUCUGUUGUGGAUUAAAUUGUCCCCCCAAAGUGUGUGUCAACCUGGCUAGGCCAUGAUUCCCAGUAUUGUGUGAUUGUCCUCCAUUUUGUGAUCUGAUGUAAUUGUUGUAUGUGUUGUAAAUCCUAACCUCUAUCAUGUUAAUGAGGCAGGAUUAGAGGCAGUUAUAUUAAUGAGGUAGGAUAUAGGCUGUAUCUUGAGUUAAUCUCUUUUGAGAUUAUAUCUUGAGAUAUAAAAGAGAGAAGCAAGCAGAGUGGAGAGGAACCUCUUACCACCAGGAAAGAAGAGCUUGGAGCAGAAUGCGUCAUUUGGGCCUGGGGACCCUGCACUGAGGAACUCCUAGACCAGGAGAAGACUGCUGAAAACGACCUUCUCCCAGAGCUGGCAGAGAGCUUUCUCCUGGAGCUGGAUAUUUAUAUUUGUGCACGCUCUUUUGUUUUUUUGGAACUUUCUUUCUUUUUCUUUUCCAUAUGUAGAUUCGAGUGUUUAACGUUCCUUUCCUUCCAUUUGGAGAACUCCCUUAAGUAAUAUGUGCAGAGUUGAUCUGGUAUUGGCAAAUUCCCAGAGCUUCUGUGUAUUUGGGAAUGUCUUGAUUUCCUCCUCAUUUUUGAAUGACAACUUUGCUGGGUAAAGAAUUCUUGGUUGGCAGUUGUUUUCCUUCAGUAUUUUAUGUACGUUGCUUCAUUGUCUUCCAGCCUCUCUGGUUUCUGAGGAGAAGUAUGCACUAAUUCUUAUGAUGGACCGUUGAUAUGUUGUGCUUUUCUCUUGCUGCUUUCGGAAUUCUCUUUUUGUCAUCAGUUUUCAAGAAUGUUAUUGCUAUGUGUUGUAGAGUGGACCUCUUUGUAUUUCUUCUGUUUGGAGUUCAUGUAGCUUCCCGUAUUUGUAUGUGUGGCUCCUUAGUCAGGUCUGGGAAAUUCUGUCUGAUUAUCACUUGGAUAAUUCUUCCUAUGCCUUUAUUAUUAUCAUGAUGCUCUUGAAUUCCAAAAAUUCUAAUGUUAGAUUUCCUAAUUCAAUCCGAUGUUUUCACUUUGUUCACUUUUCUUUGGUCUUUUCUCUUGUUUCUCUUGAGAUGUAAUAAGUUCUGCCUCUUGGCUCUAAUCUUUACAGAAGCCAAUCUUUAGGCCUUUUUUUGGCACUGCUGCUGGGUGGGUUCUAACCGCUAACCUUUAGGUUAGUAGUCAAAUGCAAACCAUUUACACCACUCAGAGACCUCAGCUGACUCAAUGACAAGUGAUUUUUUAGAGUUUCCGCAAGGAUAUAUAUUCUGUCCACUACUGUGCAGUCUGUGAGCAAGUUGUAGUUUAGACAACUGAGAAGUUGGAGGGACAGUCCACAGAGACCACCCGCACUUCUGACGCCAACUGCAAGUUCAGGAGUUCCCAGGAUUACCCUCAGGUUCAAUACGUUGCUUGAAGGACUCACAGAAUUGACUCACAACUGUUAUAUGCACAAUUAUGGCUUAUUACAGUGGUGAGAUAUAGAUUAACAUCAGCCAAGAGAAGAGACACAGGGACACAGUCUAGGAGGGUUCCAGACAUGGAGCUUGCACUGUCCUCUCCCUGUGGAGCCACGAGGUGUCACCCUCCUGGCAUUGAUGUGUGACAGCACACGUGGAGUGCUGUCAACCAGGGUAUCUCACCUGAACAUUGGAGCCACGAGGUGUCACCCUCCUGGCAUUGAUGUGUGACAGCACACGUGGAGUGCUGUCAACCAGGGUAUCUCACCUGAACAUUGGGCUGUAUCUUGGAGGCAUGAUUGACUGAUGAUUGAUUGGUCUCCUACACGAGAUUGGUCUCAGUGUUCAGGCUGACUGAUCUGCAUGACCCAGAGCCCACACUGUAAGUCACAUUGUUGCCAUCUGGCUUGGCCCAAGGUUCCCACUCUAAAUCGCAUUGUGAAACUGUACAGUGUGUCCCCAAGCCCCCAGGAAAACAGACAUUCCCAUCAGGCAGGACAUUCCAGGGGCCUGGAAAUCACCUCCCAGGAGCUGGGGGCAAAGACCAGAACUUUUUUUGGGGAUAAGAUUAAAUUUUUUAUUGUAAACAAAACCCAAAACCAAACCCAUUGCUGUUGAGUUGAUUCUGAUUCACAGCGACCCUAAAGGACAGAGUAGUUUCCAAGGAGCGCCUGGUGGAUUCGAACUGCUGACCUUUUAGUUAUUAGCCGUAACUCUUAACCACUACACCACCAGAGUUUCCAUUCUUUACUGUACAACCUGGAUAUUCCACAUUUAAUCCUUGCAGAAAGAAGGUGUCUGUGCCUUCGAUUGCUUUGUUCUUUUGUAUACCUUGUUUCACCAAGCUGUCCUUUGUAUUAUGCUGUUGACUUCCAUGGUACCAUUAGAUAAUCAUGUGGAACUUGUUGAUGUAUUUAUCAUAUGGGUUUUGUUGAUUAUCUUGUUUUCUUUAUAAAGACCCAUUGCAAAAAUUUCUGACCAAUCUUAGUCCUAGGAAACUUUGCCUUUUUGAAUAUCUGGCUCUUUUUUUCAUACGGAUAUUGGGGCACUUACAAUCUUUUCUCUGCUCUGGUUGCUGAGAAGCUCAGCUCUAGCAACUAUACGUAUAUUAUUUUAAAAUUCAACAUUAAAAAAACUAGUUGCUGUCGAGAUGAUUUCAAUUCAUGACAACCCCAUGUGUAUCAAAGUAGAAGUGUGUUUCAUAGUGUUUUCAAGGCUGUGAUCUUUCAGAAGCAAAUGACCAGCCUUUGUUCCAAGGUGCCUCUGUGUGGGUUCAAAUCACCAACCUUUCAGUUAGUAGUGAGGAGCUUAACGAUUUGCGCCACCCAGGGACUCCUAAAUUCAGCUGUAUUGGGGAAUAAUUUAUAUACACUAAAAUGCAUGCAUUUGAAGUUUGCAGUUUGAGUUUGACAAAUGUAUACACCAAUGUAACCACUACCACGUUCAACAUACAGAACAUUUCCAUCACCUCAAAAAUUCCCUUAGGGAUCUUUCCGUUUAAUCUACCCCCAGUCCCAGGCAACCACUGCUUUCUGUCACUGUAAAUUAGUUUUGCCUUUUCUAGAAUUUUGUAAAACCUACAGUAUAUGCUCUUUUAUGACCAACUUCUUUCUGCUUGUUUUUUAGGUUUUUGUGUGUUGUAGCAUGUAUAAGUAGUCCAUUCAUUUUUAUUGCUGCAUAAUUGCAUUAUAUGGAGGUACUAUCAUUUAUCUGUUUACCUGUUGAUUGACAUUUGGGUUGUUUCCAGUUUUGGGGUAAAUGAAACAGCUAAGAACAUUUUUGCACAGGUAUUUUCAUGAGCAAGUGUUUUCGUUUCUGUUGAGCAAAUACCUAAAAGGAGAAUUGCUGGGUCACAUGGUUUCUUUUAUGGUGGCAAGAGAUGCAGAAAGGCAUAAGAAUACGCUGGAGUACUUUAUGAAACAAUUCUACGAAAUCAUCAGAAAUGUGGAUUCCAGCAACAAGGAGUUAUCCAUCGCUAUUCGUGGAUAUGGACUUUUUGCAGGACCUUGUAAGGCUAUCAGUCCGGAAAACGUGGACUGGAUGUACGUUGAGCUCCUCCAGCGCUGCAGACAGAUGUUCCUGACUCAGACAGACACCCCCGAUGACCACGUGUACCAGAUGCCGAGUUUCCUCCAGUCCAUCGGCAGCGUCCUGCUUUACCUGGACACUGUUCCUGAGGUGUACACUCCUGUUCUGGAGCACCUCAUGGUGGUGCAUAUAGACAGUUUCCCACAGUAUAGUCCAAAAAUGCAGGUGGUGUGUUGCAGAGCCAUAGUUAAAGUUUUCCUGGCCUUAGCCGACAAAGGACCAGUCCUCUGGAAUUGCAUUGGUACUGUGGUGCAUCAGGGUUUAAUCAGAAUAUGUUCUAAACCAGUGGUCCUUCAGAAGGAUGCUGUGGCGGUGGCUAAAGACCUUCCUGCCUCUGGGGAAGUGCGAAUUGGCAAGUGGAAAGUGCCCGAGACCAAGGACUAUUUGGAUCUUUUUAGAAACCUCAUGAGCUGUGACCAGAUGAUGGAUUCUCUUUUAGCAGAAGAAGCACUUCUCUUUGUGAAUUCCUCCCUUCACAAUCUGAAUCGUUUGCUGUAUGAUGAAUUUAUAAAAUCUGUUUUGAAGAUUGUUGAGAAGUUGGAUCUUACACUAGAAAAACAGAAUGCUGGGGAACAAGAGUGUUUGUUUUGGUACAACCAAUUUUUUAAGGAUGAGGAUGAAGCUACUGGUGCUUGGGCGAUCCCAACCUCAGAUCCAGCCGCUAACUUGCGUCCUGCUAAACCUCAAGAUUUUUCGGCUUUCAUUAACAUGGUGGAAUUUUGCAGAGAGAUUCUUCCUGAGGAACAUGUGGAAUUUUUUGAGCCCUGGGUAUACUCAUUUGCAUAUGAGUUAAUUUUGCAGUCUGUACAGUUGCCACUCAUCAGUGGUUUCUACAAAUUGCUUACUGUUGUAGUGAGAAAUGCCAAGAAAACGAAGUAUUUUGUGGGCAUUAGUCCAGAGAGUAUGAAGCACUCUUCUGGGGAUGCAGAAAAGUAUUCUUGUUUUGCUUUAUUUGCAAAAUUUGGUAAAGAGGUGUCAGUUAAAAUGAAGCAAUACAAGGAUGAACUUCUGGCCUCCUGCUUGGCAUUCGUCCUGUCCCUGCCAUACAACAUCAUCGAGCUUGACAUGAGAGCCUAUGUUCCUGCAUUGCAGAUGGCUUUCAAACUGGGCUUGAGCUAUACCCCACUGGCGGAAGUAGGCCUGAAUGCCCUAGAAGAAUGGUCAGUUAAUAUCCACAAAUACGUAAUUCAGCCAUAUUACAAAGAUAUUCUACCCUGCCUUGACGGUUACCUGAAAACUUCAGCCCUAUCAGAUGAGACCAAGAAUAACUGGGAAGUAUCUGCACUCUCUCGGGCUGCCCAGAAAGGGUUUCAUAAAGUUGUGUUAAAGCAUCUGAAGAGGACAAAGAACGUGGCAUCUGAGGCAUCUAAUGAAGCACUAUCCUUAGAAGCAAUAAGAAUUAAAGUCGUACAAAUGCUUGGACAUCUAGGAGGACAAAUAAACAGAAAUCUUAUGACAGCUGCAACCUCAGAUGAAGUGAUGAAGAGAUGUGUAGCGUGGGACAGAGAGAAGAGGCUCAGUUUUGCAAUGCCGUUUGUAGAAAUGAAGCCUGUCCUUUACCUGGAUGUCUUCUUGCCUCGGGUCACAGAAUUAGCUUUGUUAGCUAGUGACAGACAGACUAAAAUUGCUGCCUGUGAACUUUUACAUAGCUUGGUUAUGCUUAUGUUGGGAAAGGCCACUCAGAUACCUGAAGGUGACAGUGGCUCUCCACCCAUGUACCAGCUCUAUAAGCGGACGUUCCCUGUAUUGCUCCAACUGGCCUGUGAUGUAGAUCAGGUGACAAGGCAGUUAUAUGAACCGUUAGUUAUGCAGCUAAUCCACUGGUUCACCAACAACAAGAAAUUUGAAAGCCAGGAUACUGUUGCUUUACUAGAAACUAUAUUGGAUGGAAUUGUGGAUCCUGUUGACAGUACUUUAAGAGAUUUUUGUGGUCGCUGUGUUCGAGAAUUCCUAAAAUGGUCCAUUAAGCAGACAACACCACAGCAGCAGGAAAAAAGUCCAGUAAACACCAAAUCGCUUUUUAAGCGAUUGUACAGCUUCGCACUACACCCCAAUGCUUCCAAGAGGCUGGGGGCCGCACUCGCCUUUAAUAAUGUCUACAGGGAAUUCAGGGAAGAAGAGUCCUUGGUAGAACAGUUUGUGUUUGAAGCCUUGGUUGUCUAUAUGGAAAGUCUGGCCUUAGCACACACAGAUGAAAAGUCCUUGGGCACAAUCCAUCAGUGUUGCGAUGCCAUUGAUCAUCUAAGGCGCAUCAUUGAAAAGAAGCACGUUUCUUUAAACAAAGCAAAAAGACGACGUUUGCCACGAGGGUUCCCUCCUGCGUCAUCACUGUGCCUGCUGGACGUGGUCAGGUGGCUUCUGGCCCACUGUGGAAGGCCCCAGACGGAGUGUCGGCACAAGUCCAUAGAGCUCUUUUACAAAUUUGUUCCUUUGUUGCCAGGCAGCAAAUCACCUUCUGUGUGGCUAAAUGAUAUUAUCAAGGAAGAAGGUAUUUAUUUUCUUAUACAGCAGUUUGAAGGGGGAGGAAGCAGUUGUGACCAGCCUGCUGGCAUCCUUGCUCAGCCCACCCUCAGCCAUCUGCCAGGGCCGUUUAGUCUUCGUGCGACCCUGCGGUGGAUGGACAUGCUUCUGGCAGCACUGGAGUGCUACAACACGUUUAUCGGAGAGAAGACCGUUGGGGCACUUGAGGUCCUGGGCACUGAAACACAGUCUUCACUUUUGAAAGCAGUGGCUUUCUUCUUAGAGAACCUUGCUAUGCACGAUAUCACAGCAGCAGAACAGUGCUUUGGCUCUGGUGCGAUGCAUGACAUUGCCAGCCCACAGGAGGGAGAAGGAUACAAUUACAGCAAGUGCACGGUUGUGGUCCGCAUUAUGGAAUUUACCACAACGCUGCUCAGCACCACUCCGGAGAGCUGGAAGCUCCUUGAAAAGGACUUACUCAACACCAGCCUUGUGAAGCUCGUGGUGCAAACACUGUGUGAGCCUGUGAGCAUGGGCUUCAACCUAGGAGAUGUUCAGGUCAAGGAUCGUCUUCCCAGUGUGUGUGUGAGCCUGAUGGCAGCACUGAAGAAGCUGCCGUGUAAAGACAUCCUAGAGACGCACCUCCAGGAAAAAAUCCCAGUGCAGAGCAUUGAGGACCUUUGUGCUAUUGACCUGUAUAAUCCUGAUGCUCACGUGGACAGGACCAAGCUGGCUUCUUUGGUAUCAGCAUGUAAACACCUUCAUAAAGCUGGGUUCUUGCAUGCUAUUUUACCAUCACAGCCUGCAGAUCUGCAUCAUUCUAUUGGCACAAAACUUCUUACCCUGGUUUAUAAAGGCAUUGGACCUGUUGAGGAAGGACAGUGUCUUCCUGUGCUAGACACCAGCUGUAAGCGGCUGGCCAGUGGGCUCCUGGAGCUGGCCUUUGCUUUUGGAGGACAGUGCGAGCAGCUGGUGGACCUCCUCCUGAGCACAGCAGCGCUGUCCAUGCCAUCCUCUGGCCGCGCGCAGAGGAGUGUUGUCAGCUUCUCCCACGGAGAGUAUUUCUAUGGCUUGUUCUCUGAAACCAUCAACACUGAAUUGCUGAAAAAUGUAGAUACUGCUGUGGUGGGGCUCAUGAAAUCAUCUGAGGAAAAUCCGAAAAUGGUGAGUGCUGUUUUGAAUGGCAUGUUGGAUCAGAGCUUCAGGGAUCGAGCCAUUCAGAAACACCAAGGACUGAAGCUUGUGACUGCAGUUCUGCAAAACUGGAGGCGGUGUGAGUCGUGGUGGGCUGAAGAUUCUGCUUCUGAAAGUAAAAUGGCAGUGCUGGCCUUGUUGGCGAAAAUUUUACAGAUUGAUUCGUCUGUAUCUUUUAAUACAAAUCACAGUUCAUUUCCUGAAGUCUUUAGAACAUAUGCUAGUCUACUUGCUGAUUCAAAGUUGGGUCUACAUUUAAAGGGUCAAGCUGUAAUUAUUCUUCCAUUCUUCACCAAUCUUACUGGAGGAAAUCUUGAGGACCUUAAGCGUGUUCUUGAAAAGCUUGUGGUUUCUAAUUUCCCUAUGAAGUCUGAUGAAUUUCCCCAGGGAACGCUGCGGUAUAAUAAUUAUGUGGACUGCAUGAAAAAGUUUCUAGAUGCAUUGGAAUUAUCUCAAAGUCCUCUGUUGUUCCAAUUAAUGACAGAAAUUCUUUGUCGGGAACAGCAGCAUGUUAUGGAAGAACUAUUUCAGUCCACAUUCAGAAGGAUUGCCAGUAGGAGUUCGUGUGUCACACAAUUAGCUCUUCUUGAAAGUGUAUACAGAAUGUUCCAGAGGGAUGACCUACUUUCAAAUACCACCCGCCAGGCAUUUGUAGAUCGUUCUCUCCUCACUCUGCUGUGGCAUUGUUCUCUGAGUGCUUUGAGAGAUUUUUUUAGCAAAAUCGUGGUGGAUGCCAUUGAUGUGUUGAAGUCCAGGUUUAUAAAGCUAAAUGAAUCUACUUUUGAUGCCCAAAUCACCAAGAAGAUGGGCUACUAUAAGAUGCUAGAUGUGAUGUAUUCUCGUCUUCCAAAAGAUGAUGUUCAUUCUAAGGAAUCAAAAAUCAAUCAAGUUUUCCAUGGCUCAACUGUUACUGAAGGAAGUGAACUUACAAAGUCACUUAUUAAAUCGUGCUAUGAUGCAUUUACAGAGAACAUGGCAGGGGAGAGUCAGCUGCUGGAGAGGAGAAGACUUUAUCAUUGUGCUGCAUACAAUUGUGCCAUUUCUCUUGUCCGCUGUGUCUUCAGUGAAUUAAAAUUCUACCAAGGUUUUCUGUUCAGUGAAAAACCAGAAAAGAACUUGCUUAUUUUUGAAAAUCUGAUAGACCUGAAUCGCUGCUAUACAUUUCCUGUAGAAGUUGAGGUCCCUAUGGAAAGAAAGAAAAGGUACAUUGAAAUUAGGAAAGAAGCCAGGGAAGCAGCAAGUGGGGACUCAGGACAUUUUCAGAAUGAUGGUCCUCAGUAUAUAUCUUCAUUGUCAUAUUUGGGAGACAGUAGCCUGAGUGAAGAAAUGAGCCAAUUUGAUUUCUCAACUGGAGUUCAGAGCUAUUCAUACAGUUCCCAAGACACCAAGUCUACCGCUGGUCACUUUCGGAGACGGGAUCGUCAGGAGCCCGUGGGCCAAGGUGAGCUCAUGGAGCUGGAGAUGGAUGAGCUCAACCAGCACGAGUGCAUGGCCCCCCUGACGGCCCUGGUCAAGCACAUGCAGAGGAGUCAGGUCACCCCCAGGGUGGAGGAGGGUUCAAUGCCAAGCAGUCUUCCUCCUUGGAUGAAAUUUCUUCAUGACAAACUAGCGAAUCCAUCAGUACCAUUAAAUAUUCGUCUCUUCUUAGCCAAACUCAUUAUUAAUUCCGAAGAAGUGUUUCGCCCUUAUGCAAAGCACUGGCUGAGCCCCUUGCUGCAACUGGUUGUUUCUGAAAGUAACGGAGGAGAAGGAAUUCACUACAUGGUGGUUGAGAUAGUGGUCACUGUUCUGUCCUGGACGGGCACAGCAGCUCCUGUGGGGGUCCCUAAAGAUGAGGUGUUAGCAAAUCGAUUGCUUUAUUUCCUAAUGAAACAUGUCUUCCAUCAAAAAAGAGCUGUGUUUAGACACAACCUUGAAAUUAUAAAAACUCUUGUUGAAUGCUGGAAGGACUGCUUAUCCAUCCCUUACAGGUUAAUAUUUGAAAAGUUUUCCAGUAAAGAUCCUAAUUCUAAAGACAAUUCUGUAGGAAUUCAAUUAUUAGGAAUUGUUAUUGCCAAUAACUUGGCUCCCUAUGACCCAAAAUGUGGCAUAGAGAGUGUAAGAUACUUUGAAGCUUUGGCCAAUAAUAUAGCUUUUGUAAAACAUAAGGAGGUAUAUGCAGCAGCAGCAGAAGUUCUGGGACUUAUUCUUCGCUAUGUUACUGAGAAAGGAAACGUAUCAGAGGAGUUCAUCUGUGAACUGGUUGUAAAACAGUUGAAGCAACAUCAGAAUAGAAUGGAGGACAAAUUCAUCGUGUGCUUGAACAAAGCUGCACAGCACUUCCCUCCUCUGGCUGACAGGUUUAUGAAUGCGGUGUUCUUCCUGCUGCCAAAAUUCCACGGUGUAAUGAAGACUCUGUGUCUGGAGGUGGUGCUUUGUCGUGCAGAGGAAAUAGCAGAUCUCUACUUGAAGCUAAAGAGCAAGGACUUCAAGCAAAUCAUGAGACAGAGAGAUGAUGAAAGACAAAAAGUGUGUUUGGACAUAAUUUAUAAGAUAAUGGUGAAAUUGAAACCAGUAGAACUUCGAGAACUUCUGAAUUCUGUUGUAGAAUUCAUUUCCCAUCCCUCUCCAACAUGUAGGGAACAAAUGUAUAAUAUUCUUAUGUGGAUUCAUGACAAUUACAGAGAUCCAGAAAGUCAAACAGAUCCUGACUCCCAGGAAAUAUUUAAGUUGGCAAAAGAUGUGUUGAUUCAAGGAUUGAUUGACAAGAACCUUGGGCUUCAAUUAAUUAUUCGAAAUUUCUGGAGUCAUGAAACUAGAUUACCGUCACAUACUUUGGACCGAUUGUUGGCACUAAAUUCGUUAUAUUCUCCUAAAAUAGAAAUGCACUUUUUAAGUUUAGCAACAGAUUUUCUGCUUGAAAUGACCAGCCUGAGCCCAGAUUAUCCAAACCCUGUGUUUGAGCAUCCGCUGUCAGAAUGCACAUUUCAGGAAUACACAAUUGAUUCUGACUGGCGUUUUCGAAGUACUGUUCUCACUCCAAUGUUUAUUGAGACUCAGGCUUCCCAAAGUGCCUUGCAGACCCGAACCCAAGAUGGCUUCCUCACAGCUCGAGGGCUCAUGGCUGGGCAAGUAAGGACCACCCAGCAGCAUUGGGACUUCACACCUACCCAAAACACAGAUGGAAGAAGCUCAUUUAAUUGGCUAACUGGAAGCAGCAUUGACCCGUUGGCAGAUUACGUGGUCUUGCCGUCGUCUGAUUCCCUGUCUUCCUCCUUGCUGUUUGUUCACAAGAGGAGGGAGAAAUCACCAAGAGCAUCCUCGAAGUCAGUAGGACCUAAUUUUGGGAAAAAGAGGCUAGGCCUUCCAGGGGAUGAGGUGGAUAACAGUGUUAAAGGCACAGAUGAGCAGGCAGAAAUAUUAAGAUUACGUAGACGAUUUUUAAAGGACCAAGGAAAGCUCAGUUUGAUGUAUGCCAGAAAAGGUGUUGCUGAACAGAAACGAGAGAUGGAGAUCAAAAGUGAGUUAAAAAUGAAGCAGGAUGCCCAAGUCAUUCUAUACAGAAGUUACCGCCACGGAGACCUUCCUGACAUUCAGAUUAAACACAGCAGCCUUAUCACGCCCUUGCAAGCUGUGGCCCAGAGAGAUCCAAUAAUUGCAAAACUGCUCUUUGGCAGCUUGUUUUCUGGAAUUCUAAAAGAGAUGGAUAAAUUUAAGACCAUGUCUGAAAAAAAUAGCAUUACUCAGAAGUUGCUCCAGGACUUCAAUCGUUUUCUUAAUACCACUGUGUUUUUCUUCCCGCCUUUUGUCUCUUGUAUCCAGGAAAUGAGUUGCCAACGCCCAGACUUGCUCGGCCUUGACCCGGCUUUGGUGAGUGCUGGCUGCCUGGCCAGCCUGCAGCAGCCUGUCGGCAUCCUGCUACUGGAGGAGGCUCUGCUCCACCUGGAGCCCCCAGAACCUCGCUCCAAACGGGCCCGGGGAGUGCCCCGCCCCUCUCUUGAAGUCCUCAGAUGGAUUGAGCUCGCAAAAUUGUAUAGAUCAAUUGGAGAGUAUGACGUCCUCCGUGGUAUUUUUAGCAGUGAAAUAGGAACAAAGCAAGUUACUAAGGAUGCGUUAUUAGCAGAAGCCAGAAAUGAUUAUUCUGAAGCCGCUAAGCAGUAUAAUGAGGCUCUCAAUAAGCAAGACUGGUUGGAUGGUGAGCCCACGGAAGCAGAAAAGGAUUUUUGGGAACUAGCUUCCCUGGACUGCUAUAACCACCUCACUGAGUGGAGAUCGCUGGCAUACUGCUCUACAGCCAGCGUGGACAGUAAGCACCCUCCAGAUCUAAAUAAAAUGUGGAGCGAGCCAUUUUAUCAGGAGACAUAUUUACCUUACAUGAUCCGCAGCAAGCUCAAGCUACUGCUUCACGGAGAAGACGACCAGUCCCUCCUGACGUUUGUUGACAACUCUGUGAGCAAGGAGCUCCAGAAAGUUCUCCUGGAGCUUCACUACAGUCAGGAAUUGAGUCUCCUUUACCUCCUACAAGACGACCUUGACAGAGCCAAGUAUUGUAUUGAAAAUGGCAUUCAGAUCUUUAUGCAGACUUAUUCCAGUAUUGAUGUCCUCUUACACAGAAGUAGACUUACCAAGUUGCAGUCUGUACAAGCUUUAACAGAAAUUCAGGAGUUUAUCAGCUUUAUAAGCAAACCAGGUAACUUAACAUCCCAAGUUCCCCUUAAGAGACUUCUAAAAACCUGGAUGAACAGAUACCCUGAUGCUAAAAUGGACCCAAUGAGCAUCUGGGAUGAUAUCAUCACAAAUCGAUGUUUCUUCCUCAGCAAAAUAGAGGAGAAACUUCGCUUUCUUCCAGAUGAUCAUAGUAUGAAAGUGGAUGGAGAUGGAGACUCCAGUGACGCUGUGGAAAUGCAAGAGCAGGGAGAAGAUAUUUAUUCUCUGAUUAAGAGCUGUAAGUUUUCCAUGAAAAUGAAGAUGAUAGAAAGUGCAAGAAAACAGAACAGCUUCUCACUUGCCUUGAAACUGUUGAAGCAGCUGCAUAAAGAGUCAAAAACGAGAGAAGACUGGCUGGUGAGAUGGGUGCAUAGCUACUGUCGAUUGAGCCACUGCCGCAGCCAGACUCAGCACCGUGCGGAGCAGAUUCUCACUGUGCUGAAAACCGUCUCGUUGUUGGAUGAGAACACAUCAAGCUACUUAAACAAAAAUAUUCUGGCUUUUCGUGAUCAGAACAUUCUCUUGGGUACCACUUACCAGAUCAUAGCUAGCGCCCUCAGCAGUGAGCCAACCUGCCUUGCCCAAAUCGAGGAAAGCAAGGUUAGAAGAAUCUUGGAGCUUUCUGGAUCCAGUUCAGAGGAUGCAGAAAAGGUGAUGGUGGGUCUGUAUGAGAAGGCAUUCCAUCUCCUUUCUAAAGCUGUGCAGACCGCUGAAGAGGGGACCCAGUCUUCCACCAAGCACUGUGCCCAUGUGGCUGGAGCGAUAGAUGCUUACAUGACUUUGGUAGAUUUCUGUGAUCAGGAGCUCCGUAAGAAGGAAGAGAAUGCGUCAGUUAUUGAUCCUAUAGAACUACAGACAUAUCCAGCACUUGUGGUGGAGAAAAUGUUGAAAGCUUUAAAAUUAAAUUCUACUGAAGCCAGGCUAAAAUUUCCCAGACUACUACAAAUUAUAGAACAGUAUCCAGAGGAGACCUUGAGCCUAAUGACAAAAGAGAUUUCUUCCAUUCCUUGCUGGCAGUUCAUCGGCUGGAUCAGCCACCUGGUGGCCUUACUGGACAAGGAGGAGGCCGUGGCUGUGCAGCACACCGUGGAGGAGAUCGCCGACAACUACCCACAGGCGAUCGUCUACCCCUUCAUGAUAAGCAGUGAGAGCUAUGCCUUCCAAGACACCUCUGCUGGUCAUAAGAACAAAGAGUUUGUGGCAAGGAUAAAAAGUAAGUUGGAUCAAGGAGGAGUGAUUCAAGAAUUCGUUAAUGCCCUAGAACAGCUCUCCAAUCCUGAAAUGCUCUUUAAGGAUUGGACCGAUGAUACCAAAGCUGAACUAGCAAAAAACCCUGUUAAUAAAAAAAGUAUUGAAAAAAUGUACGACAGAAUGUAUGCAGCCUUGGGAGACUCAAAGGUUCCAGGUCUUGGAGCUUUCAGAAGGAGGUUUGCUCAGGCCUUUGGAAAAGAAUUUGAUAAGCAUUUUGGGAAAGGAGGUUCCAAGCUACCCACGAUGAGGCUCAGCGACUUCAACAACAUCACUGCCUCGCUGCUUUCAAAAAUGAGCGAAGCAUCAACGACGCCCAGGAAUUUGAGCGAGUGCUCACCCUGGAUGAGCAACUUCAAAUCGGAAUUUUUGAGAAACGAGCUGGAGAUUCCUGGUCAGUAUGAUGGCAAAGGAAAGCCAUUGCCUGAAUACCACGCACGCAUCACUGGUUUUGAUGAACGGGUAAAAGUAAUGCCUUCUCUCAGAAAACCUAAGCGCAUCGUCAUCCGAGGGCAUGAUGAGCGAGAGUACCCUUUUCUCGUGAAGGGGGGAGAGGAUCUGCGGCAGGACCAGCGCAUCGAGCAGCUCUUUGAAGUCAUGAAUGUUGUUCUUUCCCGCAAUGCCGCCUGUAGUCAGAGAAACAUGCAGUUAAAGACUUACCAGGUCAUACCCAUGACCACCAGAUUAGGAUUAAUUGAAUGGAUUGAAAAUACUUUUACCUUGAAGGAACUUCUUUGCAAUAACAUGUCACAAGAUGAGAAAACACUUUACCUGAGUGAUCCCAAAGCACCAGUGUUUGAGUAUAGAGACUGGCUGACAAAGAUGUCUGGAAAACGUGAUGUUGGCGCUUACAUGCUAAUGUAUAAGGGAGCUAGUCGUACUGAAACCAUCACGUCUUUCAGAAAAAGAGAAAGUAGAGUGCCAGGCGAUCUCCUAAAGCGUGCUUUUGUGAAGAUGAGCACAGGCCCAGAGGCCUUCCUGGCACUUCGCUCCCACUUUGCUAGCUCUCACGCUCUGUUGUGCAUCAGCCACUGGAUUCUUGGGAUUGGAGACAGACAUCUGAACAAUUUCAUGGUGAAUAUGGAAACUGGUGGCGUGGUUGGAAUUGACUUUGGGCAUGCAUUUGGAUCAGCUACUCAGUUCCUGCCAGUCCCUGAGUUGAUGCCUUUUCGUCUAACUCGCCAAUUUACCAAUCUGAUGUUACCCAUGAAAGAAACAGGUCUGAUGUACAAUGUAAUGGUGCACGCACUGAGAGCCUUUCGCUCACACCCAGACCUACUCACUAACACCAUGGAUGUCUUUGUAAAGGACCCUUCCUUUGACUGGAAAAACUUUGAACAAAAAAUGCUGAAGAAAGGAGGAUCAUGGAUUCAAGAAGUAAACGUAACUGAAAAAAAUUGGUAUCCCCGGCAGAAAAUAAAUUAUGCUAAGAGAAAGUUAGCAGGUGCCAAUCCAGCAGUUAUUACUUGUGAUGAAUUACGUCUGGGCCAUGAGAAGGAACCUGUCUUUGGGGAUUAUAUGGCUGUGGCACGAGGAAGCAAAGAUCACAACAUUCGUGCUCAAGAGACAGAGAGUGGACUUUCAGAAGAAAUUCAAGUAAAGUGCUUAAUUGACCAGGCAACAGACCCCAAUAUCCUUGGCAGAACUUGGGGAGGAUGGGAGCCUUGGAUGUGAGGUCUGUGAGAGUCCACAGAUAGAAGCUAUUGUUUAAAGAAUCUCCCAAACCUUCAUGUACACCAAUCAAUGAGUUGGUUUUCCUGAAGCACUAAAGAUAAGUGUUUUCAGGUUUGAUUUUAGCUUUGUGUUGUUUUUCUUUUCUUCUAACAUUUAUAUUUGGAAACUUGUGUGUGAUUUGGGGCAAUAAAUGAUCAUAAGAAUAUGGAGCACUAAAGUUUUGUUUCUUAAAGGUCAACAUUAAAGUUAAAAAUCAGUGUAUACUAUUUUUAUGCAGUUUCAAGGGCAGAGUGUUCAUUUUACAAGAUAAUUUGUUAUAUUUCUUGCCAAAUUUAUUCUGAUAAAUACAAGUUGAAUGCAUUAUGACAUUAAAAGGAAACAUUUGUUUUUUUCAACAAGUGGCAUCUAUUCAACCAAGGAAAUUUCAUCCUUAAAGAAAAAUAAGUGAUCUUUUAUGUGAACACCCAGUAUACAUAUCCUAAAAUAUUUUUUCUAUAGCAUAAAAACAACCAAAGCAAGCCUACUUUGCAGUUGAGUUGAUUAUAUUUUCUCUAGCUACUAAUUAACCAUAAUUUUCCACUUGAGUUCUGACAAUGCAGGCUGUAUUCAUCAACUUGAUUUCCCCCAUUAUGGGAAACUUCAUUCUUUAAUGACUACUUUUUGUUCUUUAAUGACUACUUUUCAUAUAAAUGAAGCCCUGGUGGUGCUGUGGUUAAAGAACUUGACUGCUAAGCAGAAGGUCGGUAGUUCAAAUCCACCGGCCACUUCUUGGAAACCCUAUGGGGCAUUUCUGCUCUGUCGUAUAGGGUCACUAUGAGUUGGAAUCGACUUGAUAGCAACGGGUUUAGUUUGGUUUGGUUUUUUCAUAUAAAUAAGUUUUUUGUUAUAAAUUGUGUAUAUGAGUCCAGUAUCAAAGUUGUGUGCUUGAAAAUUCCAUCAUAGCUUAUGAAAAAGCAAUAAAAAAACUACUAUUGUAUACAGCAUUGAGAAGACAUUUGUACGGUUACUCUUAGAUGGUAAAUUGUCCUCACUACACACUUAACUGCAUGUCUGACUGGGGCCCAGACUUCAAUCCUAUGAUUUUGCCGAGUAAGGACUUUUGGUUUGGAAACUUGGAAUUAAAACAAGAUAACCUUAUUGAUUUUAAAUGUGAGGAAAUAUGAAGAAUAUUAAGAAUAUUUUUCUUAAUCAUUUUAUUAAAUUAUUAAGAUUUUAAUACAUUUCUUUAAGUAGAAGUCAGAUACAUUUUCAGAAAUGGAAUGGUACAAGACAAACAGGGAUUUUUUUCCCAGAAGUAGGACACAUAGAACCAUUCAAAGACAUGUGAAACUAUACACCCUAGGGAAAUAUAACAGUGUAUCUAGAGUACACUAUUAUUAACCCUAUCCACUAAGGAAGGUGAGACAGGCCUGAAAGAGAUGGGUGAAGCUUUAGGAAAACAUACAUUUUAUAUGCAACAUGUACUGUUGGAUAUAUUUAUG